GAUUUCAACGAUUUUUAUCUAUAUUUAUAUUACAGUCAAUSAAAUCAUUCAUUCAUUCAUUCAUUCAAUUCAUAAGUAGUGUUAACUAACAGUUAUAAUAGUGUUGACCAUUGAGUGACCACUUCAUUGACCACCAGAUUAUUUAGUCGAAGCAAUGGCCCGAACAAAGAAUCACAGACCGAACCGAUACCCGAAUCCACACGAGAGUGUGUUGACCAGCAAACGAUCGUCACAGUCGUCCAGUUCGGGAUCRAGUGGUAUUAAACAGCGAAACGUUGGCCGCAAAAGCCGAAACCGAUUGCAAUUGGCCCGCAAGUCGACAGCCAAASCUCCGCGACCAGUACCAGGCGAUCGUCACUAUCGUUACCGACCGGGCGAACGGGCCUUACGUGAUAUCCGUAAAUACCAAAACUCUACCAAUCAUUUGAUAAGACGAGCGGCCUUUCAACGGCUCGUCCGCGAGAUAAUGCAGGACGUGAUCGACGGCUUUCGGUUUCAGUCGACAGCUUUGUUGGCACUACAGGAGGCUUCCGAAGCAUAUCUGGUCGGACUAUUCGAAGACAGCAAUCUGUGCGCUAUUCACGCCAAACGAGUAACAGUAAUGCCUCGCGAUAUGCAUUUGGCCCGAAGGAUACGCGGAGAACCAUCAAUCGGGUAGAUAAUAGAGGGGACAGUCAGCUAAACACAAUAUUCCGUGAUAUGAUAUACUAUAUGUGAGAUUAUCAAUAACUUGAGUGCCAAUACUUUUGUGGUAUAAUUUAUAUAUAUUUUUAAAAUAAUUCAUUCAUUUUCAUAUUUGUA